AUGAAACCAUCCACUCUUCUUUUCUUCGUCACCUGUCUAACGGGCUCGGCGGUAGACGCCGUUGCCAUCUCAGACGAGGAGUCGACGCAUAUUCGAUACUCCCAGUUUCCCUCUUACGAAAAGCGCGAGACAUCUGAGGCGCACGAUUUGUGGAAGCGUAAGGGUGGUGGAAGAGGCGGUGGUGGAAGCGGAGGAGGCCGUAGCAGUGGAGGCCGCAGUUCAUCCCCUUCCACUGGCGGCAGCAGUAGCAGCGGCGCACGUUCGCCGACAUCGAACAGUGGCGGUGUAUCCUCCGGUGGCUCCGGACCUAGGCCAGCAUACGGAGGCGGCUCUGUAUAUGCCGGUGGAUCAAAGACACCUUACCAGUCGGGAUCCCGCAUAGGCACCAUUGCGCCCUUCCUCCUGCUUGGCACAGCGCUCGCCUUUUGGCCCUGGGUCUGGCACCACGGCGCCUACAUGUACCCCUACCACAAUCCUUACCACUACUACAACGCGAGCAGCCAGCGUAACGAAACCCGGAACGUGCUGUGUGGCUGCCAGCAGUACGAGGUGUGCUCCUGCGACGAGGAGAACAACGGCACCGUCAAGGAGCUGGUCGGCGACGGGUCAUACGACAAGAUGGACAAGAACGUCGUCAACGUCGCCGAGGUCAACGGCACGCAAACGAUUCUCAUCGACGGGUCACUACCUAACGGCACCACUGCCGACUCGGCGGCUGCACAACUAUUGCUAACGCAUGCUAGUUGGUGGCCUGUGGUUGCUACCGUUGCAGCGAUUGUUAUCUGGGUAUAA